AUGUGCAUAACGAAAUUACGAAAAAAGCAAACAAAAGAUGAAGCGGGUGGCGCGGCAGCGGGCGGUGCUGCUGGUGCGGCAGGCGCGACGACUACAGUUGAUCCGAACGCCACGGCACCGUCGGUGUCGCCGUUCGCCACGACGCCCGGCGGAACCAAAAUAAGCUGUAGUGGAAACGCGACAAGUUUGAAAGCGAAAAAAGACAACAACAAUAAUAAUCUAAUGGCGAAAAGUACGAAUAACACACCGGAGGAUCCAAAAGCUGAAAGCCUUGAAAAGGAUGAAAAGAAAAGUCGAAAAUCGAAAAAUAGUUCGAACAAGAGCAAAAAAAUGCCGAAAACGAAGCCGGUUUCGCCUCCAAAAAUUAUAAAUGCGAAACGAGAAAUCAAGGGCAAGAAAGGGGCUAAAGAUCCGGCGUAUGCGACACUCGAUGGCGACUAUCCAUCAUUUAAAGCGGCGUUCUUAGUGUCGGAUCAAAAGCCGGAUGUGGAAAAGACUCAGAAUUCGGUGAAAUCGAAAAAGGAAGUUACAAAGGGCGAAAAGAAGAGCUCAACAAACUCGCAAGACAAAGAGCAAGACAAAGAGCAAGCUUGA